AAGCCGCCUCCUGGGGAUCGUUCGAAGACGAUCCAUCACAGUGAAUCACAAGGUUGCAAUUACAUGGCGGUGGGCAGGGCUGAAACCGGGAUGCUCAGAGUUGAAAAAAAGGUCGAGGAAGCCGAAGGCAGGAUGGACCGAGAAAUGGAGAGACAAAGAACUCCAGCCUAGUCUCAACCGAAACCCAGAACAGCUGCCGAUGACAAACGGAAAUGACACCGAAACCCACAACAGCCGAGAAGAGAAGAGGCUGAGAUGCUCACCAACAGUCGACGGCAGGGGACAACGGCGAAUGAGUUCUUCCGAACUGAAGAAACCACCAACAAGGAGGAGCCACUCAGGCACCAGAUCUCCAUCAGAGACUCUUCCAGCUGCAAAAUCCGAAACCCAAGCAGAGCAAAGCAAGACCAGAGAGGAGAAUCCAAGAUCCGAGAAGAAGAGCAACCGCUCCGAAAUCUGAAACGCCACAUCGGCAGAGAAACCCUAAACUAGAAGAUCCGGGUGAAAAUCGCCUAAGACAAAGGCAUGAAACACAAGAGCAAGAAGAGCAAAGGAAAGUAAAAAAAAAAGAGAGAUUGGCAAAUCACGUUUAUCAAUAAUCAUGCCCUUUGAAA